GUAUCGUAGAAGGCGACUGCUUCGAGACAAGUGUGCAUACGGUGUGAGCAGCGAGCCGUGAGACUCAGCUAGCUACGCUAUUCAGGGCAUUCGGGUCGUUAUCAGUGUUCCCACAGUGCAUUUAUUGGGCUGCCAACGUUGCCAUUGGGAGGUCAUCGUGCGAAACGCUGCCCGCCUUGACUUACGACCAUCAUGAACUCGGCCUAUGGCAUCAUAGAAUCACGACCGCUUACGCCUCACAUACCCACUACAUGCUCGCAGUGCAACUAUCUCCUGGAGUUUCCGGUACCUUCGCCUGCGCCACGCGCUGGGACCAUCCUAAAUAUCCAAUGCUACAACUGUCAUUCUACUAUCACCCAUGCCUUCUAUCCGUCUCAGGUCCCAAACAUCGGUGGUAUAAAUGCAUCCAAGAGCUCUGGCUCGACAUCAUCGCAGAACCAAACGCCACGCCGGGGGAGAAAGAUUGGGACGCAGGAGAAGCCACUGGAGAAGAAGUACUACGACAUAUUGGGCGUUCCUGUUGAUGCGACGACAGACGAUAUCAAGAAAGCAUAUCGGCGACUUGCGAUAAAGAAUCAUCCAGACAAGAAUCCUGAUGAUCCUCAUGCAGAGGAACGCUUCAAGGAAAUCGCGAUUGCAUACCAGACAUUGUCUGAUCCUGAACUACGACAGAAGUAUAAUGAGUUCGGGGCAAAGGAAAGCGCGCCGGAGGGUGGAUUCGUUGACCCAGAGGAGGUCUUCGGUACCAUCUUCGGCGGCGAGCGGUUCGUGCCUAUCAUUGGGCACAUUAGCCUUGCCAAGGAUAUGAAGGCGGCGCUGCAAGAAGCGGAUGACAUGGAGGACGAGGAGAAUGGGAAGCAGGUUCAGCGCGACGCGAAGGGGCGGGAGAUUUUAACUCCGGAAGAAAAGGCACGACGGGAAGAGAAGGCGCGUAAAAUAGCUGCAGAGAAAGCGACUGUACGCGCAGAACGGGUACAGAAGCUUGUGGAGAAUCUGGAGCGCAAGCUCGGGAUCUUCACAGAGUCAGCAACAGGCCCGGACGAUCGGCAGGUGACACAAAGUUGGCGAACGAUAUGUCAGCUGGACGCCGAAGAGCUCAAGAAAGAGUCGUAUGGACCAGAUCUCCUUCACGCGAUCGGCUUUGUGUACGUCUCCAAGGCCAAGCAGUACCAAGCAACCGCACAGACGUUCCUCGGCGUUGGCGGAUGGCUGCACAACGUGCAGGGCAAGUACCAUGUAUUCAGCGAGACGGUAUCCACACUACGUGCCGCCAUCGACCUCAAGAACGUGUUCGAGCAGAUCCAAGCGGCGGAGCAGGCAGGCAACCUGAGUGCAGAAGAGAAGCGGAGGCUUGAGGAACAGGCGGCCGAGAAGGGUCUGCAGGCGUUGUUCAAGGGCACGAAGCUUGAGAUUGAGUCAGUCCUGCGCGAGACUUGCGAUCGGAUCCUGGAGGACCCGGCAAUACCACGGAGCAAAGCGCAACUACGUGCGGUGGCGCUCCAGAUCUUGGGCGAGGCGUACCUGGCGGUCAGGAAGGACCAGGAUGAGGCCCAUGAAGAGAGCGAGUACGUUAAAGUCGAGACGACCACAAGCCGGCAGCGGGACUCCCAGCGUGCUCAAUAG